AUGAUGAUGGAGGCAGGCCUUCCGCCUCGCUACGAGAUUCGCGUCCUGGGCCCCGAGCACAUCGAAUGGGUCAGCGCCCUUGUCACCCACACCAACAUCUUCCACUCGCCCGUGUGGCCAGUCGUGUACCCGGACGACAAGACGGCGCGUCUCCACGACGCCAUGAGAAACGUCGAGUACCUCGUCCGGCACCAGGUCGAGUCGGGCCACUCGCUCGGCGUCUUCGACAACGAGUACCAGUUCAAGCGCGACCAGUCCAAGGCCACGGGCGGCAGGCUCUACUGGGACCAAGACGACACCGAGGCCAGUGGCGACCAGCUGCUGGAGCAGAUGGACUUUGCCCUCGUGUCCGUCGCCCUCGCCUACGACAGCGCUCACCCCCUGGACCACGCCAGGAUGGAGGGCCUGAUCGGAGCGAUGCCGCUCUACGCCACCUUCUACGGAGCCCUCGAGAGACUUGACCCGCGCCCACGCAGCUCGUGGGCAGCCGACAAGCCUGGAGAGCUGCUGCUCCGAAACGCAACCAACACGCGGAGCGACUAUGAAGGAAGGGGGUUGAUGAAGAAGAUGGCGCAUUGCAUGAUGCACACGGCGGCCGCAAAGGGCUUCCGCGGCAUCCAGAUUGAGACGCUGUCAGAUGCCGUCCAGCACGUCUGGGCGAACCCGCCGCCGCCGUUCUCGGGCCAGGUCGUGUCGGCCUUUGACACUCUGACGUAUGAGGAGGAGGAUGAAGGAGGUGACAAGGUCUAUCCGUUCCGGCCGGCCAACCAAAAGGCGACCAAGAUCUAUUGCAGUCUUAAGGCAAAUUGA